CGCAGGCGCGUUAGCGGCCUGCGGCUGUUGGCUGAGGGUUGGUGUCGAGGUUGAGGUGAGUUGUGCCGGGCCUGAGGGGAGCCGGCAGCGGGACACAUUGGGCUUUUACCAGACUUCAGCGACACCGUCUCCGCGGUCUCAUCCAAUGUCCAGCGGAAUCACGCUUCAGAACCGGAUCAUCCUGUAGCGAGUGGCCCAGGAUAUGGGCAUUGUCGGCAAGGCUGUCGUUUAUUACCCAUCCCUCGAAGGUGAUGGUGGGGUUUGUAGUCAGCUGAAUUCCUGGAGACUGCAGGAAAUGAUCAUGGAAGUCAGCAGGUAGUGCAGGCAGCUUGGAUGAGUUUCUUGGUGAAGCUGCUUCGUUCUGUGACAGUCCUCAGCUCGAGAGCAGUGACGACGACAUCAGCAGCCUGUGCCAUGGAGAUGCCAGUGGAGAGCGCCAUCCACACCAAGCUGGAGCAGUGCCUGGCACCCACGUACCUGCAGGUCAUUAAUGAGAGCCACAUGCAUGCAGUACCCCGAGGCUCAGAGACCCACUUCAAAGUGGUGGUGGUCAGCGAACAGUUUGAGGGAGUGCCCCUACUCCAGCGGCAUCGGAUGGUCAAUGAGGCCCUAAAGCAGGAAUUGGAGACCAGGGUGCAUGCCCUCUCCAUCCAGGCCAAGACCCCUCAGCAGUGGGGAGCCGAGCCACACGUUGAUAGGAGCCCGGCCUGUCUGGGAGGAUCCAAACAUGACCGGCACAUGGCGGUCAAACAGGGAACACUUUCAGAAGACUGAGGGCUGCUGGGCUAGUUAUGCUGGCCCUUAGAGAACAAACUACAAAACGGAUAUAAACAGCGGGAAUUACUGUCACAUUACGAACCUCUAGAAUGUCUGACAAGACAAAGCUUUGUCGGGUGCUGCUUUUUAAAAAUGGCACUUUGAUCAAAAAAAUAAAUCUGAUUGCUCUGCAGUUUCAAUAUUUAUCA